UAAUUGAUUUAAUAUGUUUUUCAUUCCAGAGAGCGUUCACGUUAAUAAUCGAAGCCUGGGAUUUGGAUAAUGAGACUAAAGCUGAUGAAGGUGAAUUCAUUGAUCGAGUGUCAUACGCCGGCAUGAUCAACCCAGAGGAUCGAUGGCAGACGCAGAAGCUCAAUGGCCACGUUGCUCAUUUUGAAGUCCAAAUCAGAGUGAAAUGUGAUGAAAACUACUAUGGCCCGCAGUGCAAUAAAUUCUGUGGCCCUCGCGAUGACUUCGUGGGCCACUACACAUGUGACCAAAAUGGAAACAAAGCUUGUAUGGAAGGCUGGAUGGGUAAAGACUGCAAACAAGCUGUUUGUAAACAAGGAUGUAAUUUAAUCCGUGGGGGCUGCUCUGUACCUGGGGAGUGCAAGUGUAAUUAUGGCUGGCAAGGACAGUUCUGUGACGAGUGUGUCCCCUACCCAGGCUGUGCCCACGGGAGCUGCAGUGACCCCUGGGAGUGCAAAUGCGAAACCAACUGGGGUGGGCUGCUGUGCAACAAAGAUUUAAACUAUUGUGGAAAUCACCAUCCAUGUGUGAAUGGUGGAACCUGCAUGAAUACAGAACCAGAUGAAUACAGCUGUGCUUGCCAAGAUGGUUACUCUGGAAAGAACUGUGAAAUUGCUGAGCAUGCUUGCGUAUCAAAUCCUUGUGCUAAUGGUGGAACCUGCCAUGAGAUUUCAUCAGGAUUCAAAUGCCAGUGUCCAGCGGGAUGGAGCGGACCAACAUGUGCUAUUGAUAUUGACGAAUGUGCAUCUAACCCUUGCGCCAGAGGCGGAACUUGUGUUGAUCGCAUUAAUGGGUUUGAAUGUAUAUGUCCACAGCAGUGGAUUGGGUCAACCUGUCAGCUUGAUGCUAAUGAGUGUGAAGGGAAACCCUGUCUUAAUGCUCAUUCUUGCAAAAAUCUUAUUGGUGGAUAUUACUGUGACUGCAUUCCAGGAUGGAAAGGACUAAAUUGUCACAUCAAUAUUAAUGAUUGUCGUGGACAGUGUCAAAAUGGAGGGACUUGUAAGGAUGAGGUGAAUGGCUAUCGUUGCUUAUGCCACCGCGGCUUCACUGGAAAGAACUGUGAAAUGGAAGCUGAUGAAUGCAUGAGCAACCCGUGUCAUAAUGGAGGACGCUGUGAGGAUCUGGUCAAUGGAUUCCAUUGCGUGUGCCCGCAGGGCUUUUCGGGAGAAUUCUGUGAGAUUGACAUCGACCUCUGCAAGCCUAAUCCUUGCCAAAAUGGUGCUAAAUGUUAUGAACUGAGGGGAGAUUAUUAUUGUGCCUGUCAUGACGACUACGAUGGAAAGAACUGCUCCCAUCUCAAGGACCACUGCAAAAAUAAUUCUUGCAAAGUAAUAGACAGCUGUACAAUUGAGGUUUUCAACAACGCUACCCAGAAAGGCGUUCGCUUCAUCUCGUCCAGUGUAUGUGGACCUCAUGGACGUUGCAUCAGUCUACCGGGAGGGAACUUCACGUGCGCCUGCGAUAGGGGCUUUAUCGGAACAUACUGUCAUGAAAAUAUCAAUGAUUGCCUUGGGAAACCUUGCCAGAACGGUGGGACUUGCAUAGACGAAGUGGACUCGUUUCGAUGCUUCUGUCAGAAUGGCUGGGAGGGAGAAUUGUGUGAUAUCAAUGUCAAUGACUGCUCGCCAAAUCCAUGUCAUCAUGACGGCCGGUGCAUUGACUUAGUGAAUGACUUUUAUUGUGAAUGUAAAAAUGACUGGAAGGGCAAAACAUGCCAUUCACGCGAGUACCAGUGCGACGCAAAUACUUGUGCGAACGGAGGGACAUGUUAUGAUGAUGGUGACACUUUUCGAUGCUCGUGUCCUCCAGAAUGGAAGGGAAGCACAUGCAACAUCGCUAAGAACAGCAACUGUUCUCCCAACCCUUGCCUGAAUGGCGGAACCUGUGUCGGCAGCGGAGAUUCCUUUUCUUGCAUCUGUAAGGAAGGCUGGGAAGGACGGACGUGCACACAGAAUACUAACGACUGCAACUCCCAUCCAUGUUACAAUGGAGGCAUCUGUGUCGAUGGAGUCAAUUGGUUUCGCUGUGAAUGCGCACCUGGGUUUGCUGGUCCAGACUGUAGAAUUAAUAUUGACGAAUGCCAGUCGUCCCCUUGUGCAUACGGCGCAACUUGUAUUGAUGAAAUAAAUGGCUAUAGGUGCACCUGCCCCCCUGGAAGAGCUGGAACCAGAUGCCAAGAAGUGAUAGGUUUUGGAAAAUCUUGCUGGCUUAAAGGAACAUCCUUUCCCCAUGGCAGUAGAUGGGAUCAAGAAUGCAACAGCUGCCACUGUUUGGAUGGCCACAUUGACUGCACCAAGGUGUGGUGUGGGCGAAAGUCCUGCUUGUUUCCCGGUCACCCAGACCAUGCAGCCUACCGGUGUCCCAAAGGUCAAGAAUGCCAAGAAAAAAUGUACGUCAAAUGUUUCCAGCCGCCUUGUGCCAACUGGGGAGAGUGCGGUGAAUCGGAACCCCUGCCUGCCAACGUCAAGUGUCAUCCCAGUUCGGGCUACUUGGACAACAGCUGUGCCAGGAUCACUCUGAUUUUUAACAGAGACAAAGUACCCCAGGGCACAACCGUGGAAAACAUUUGCUCUGAAAUCCGAUACUUACCCGUCACUCGAUCUGUUUCAAGUGACCGAAUGCUGCUGCUCUUGUGUGAUCCAUCCUACUCUAUAGAGAACGCAGUAGAAGUUGCUAUUUCUUUCAUCUCGCAUCAAGAUGAGACCGAUAACAGCCUUAUUCAGAAUGCUGCCAAUGCUAUAGUAAACGCAAUCACCAAGCGGCAAAACAGUACGGUGAUGCUGGCGGUAACAGAAGUCAAAAUAGAAACCAUAGUAGUUGGGAGUUCUUCAUCAGAUUACCUGGUUCCGAUCCUCUGUGCAGUUUUUAGUAUUGUGUGGCUCACCUGUAUAAUAAUCUGUGUGUGGUGGACACGGAAGAGAAGAAAAGAGCGAGAGAGAAAUCGCCCAUCUGGAGAAGAGGCUGCCAAUAACCAGUGGGCACCUCUCAAUCCCAUAUGGAACCCUAUAGACAGACCAUAUGGUCCCAAAGACAUUCACUAUGAACGCAAAAAUUUUAUAUCUCAAAAGAGAACUUAUGAUGGGGCGGAAGAGUACACGGAGUGUGAGGAGGAGGAGGAGGAAGAGGAGGAGGUCAUGGAAAUGGACAAAUUCCUCUCUCACAAACUCUCUAAGCCUUUGCCAGCAAAGGCUGUUGACUCAUCUGAGAAUAGCCCUAUUAAGAAAUCUCUUCAGACAACCAAAAUGGACAAUAGAUCUGUAAAGAAUGUGAACAUGACAAACCUUGAAGGCGUAAGAGACUAAAUCUGUGUCUGGACCAUAAGCCACGCCGGUCUAGGUUGGGGGGGGCA